AUGGCCCUUCCGGCGUCGCUGCAGUCGCCCUUUGGGCCUGUAGCCAUCCCUCCAACGAGCGCGCGGCCGUUGCAUAUUGUACUUGCGUGCACGGGCAGUGUUGCUAGCAUCAAGGUGCCGCUGAUCGCAGAAGCACUCGCACAGUACCGUCAUGUCCAUGUCCUCAUUGUGCCAACCAAAGACGCGACGCAUUUCUUCGAUUGCCAGGCACUCGGCGCACAAUCUAAAGCAUAUACAGUCGAGCACCUUGCCGCGUGGAACGCUGCGGGUACAUGCGCCGCACAUGCGCCACGACUGCACGUAUGGACUGACGAGGCGGAAUGGAGCGCAUGGAACCAGCCUGGCGAUCCCGUCUUGCACAUCGAGCUGCGCCGCUGGGCCGAUGUAGUGCUACUUGCUCCAUGCAGUGCAAAUACACUGGCCAAGAUCGCAAAUGGCCUGUGCGACAAUCUCUUGACAUGUUUUCUGCGUGCGCUCGCGUCGGAAACGCCAACGUACCUCUUUCCCGCGAUGAAUACGCUCAUGUACAUGCAUCCCAUCACAGCCAAACACCUGCAUGCUGUGCAGGCGCUGGGAUACCAGGUGCAUGGCCCCAUCACGAAACGCCUUGCAUGCGGCGACCAAGGCACGGGCGCGAUGCUCGAGUGGACAGACAUUGUGCAGUUGAUUGUCCAACGCUACGAGCUGCAAAAGGUAUAA